AUGCCAGCAACGGCCACAGUUUCAUCAUCAAUAAUAAAUCUCGUGAAAACAAUAGUAGGCGCUGGUCUCCUAGCAAUACCAUACGCAUUCAGAAGUGAUGGCAUUUUAGUUGGUACAUUAUUAACUUUACUAGCAGCAAUAAAUUCUGGAUUUGGUCUAUUCAUCCUAGCUAAAUGUUCUAAAACUCUAAUAAACCCUAGAAAUUCAUCCUUCUUUUCAAUAUGUAUGUUAACAUAUCCAUCAUUAUCACCAUUAUUUGACUUAGCCAUGAUUAUACAAUGCUUUGGUGUUGGUUUAAGUUAUUUAGUCCUUAUUGGUGAUAUCUUCCCAGGAUUAUUUGGUGGACAUAGAGAUUACUGGAUUAUUUCUUCAGCUUUCAUUAUAGUACCGUUAUCAUGUUUGAAAAAAUUGGAUUCAUUGAAAUAUUCAAGUAUUGUUGGUCUUUUCGCAUUAGCUUAUCUAUCCAUGUUCAUAUUCGUUAUGUUUUUACAUAAUACUGUUUUCAAAUUGCCCAAUGAAGGUGAUUCAACUAGAGGUGAAGUUUACUGGUUCCAUGUUUAUGAUUUCAGAGGAUUACUUUCCACUUUUAGUAUUAUUAUAUUUGCCUAUACCGGUGCCAUGAAUUUAUUCAGUAUGAUUCGUGAACUAGAAGAUAUCUCUAUGCAAAAUAUUAAGAACGUAAUUAAUGGUUCAAUAAUUAUUUCCACUGGAUUAUUUCUUUUAGUUGGAAUAUCGGGUUAUUUAACCUUUGGCUCUAAUGUGGAGGGAAAUAUUAUACUGAAUUAUAAUCCAAAUUCAAAUUGGAUUUAUAUUGGCAAGUUUUGCCUGGGUACUAUGUUAAUCUUAUCUUUCCCAUUGUUGUUUCAUCCUUUACGUAUUGCUGUUAACAAUCUUGUUGUUUGGAUGAAAAUGACGGUUGAUGGAGAUUUGGGAAAUAAUGGUAAAAAUUGUAAUGUUAAUCCAUCAUUAUUAAACAAUAAUAAUAAUAAUAAUAAUAAUGGUGUUACAAUGCCUAUUACGUUGAAUGUCUCUGAUGAUAUUGCAGAUGAAGUAGAAGAUGAAAGUAUACUUCAAAAUAUUACUACUACUACACCUACUCCUCGCGGGUCAAUAGAACAGCUUCCAGAUAAUGUUUCAGUUAAAACAGUGUUGGAAGAACAAGAAGAAGAAGAAGCAGCAUUCCCGGAUACAAGGUUCUAUGGAAUUACUGCCUUUUUACUAAUAGUCAUGUACAUCAUUGCAUUAAACGUUAAAUCUUUUGCAUUGGUACUGGCACUUAUUGGUGCCACAGGUUCCACAUCAAUAUCGUUUAUUUUACCUGGUUUAUUUGGUUACAAAUUAAUUGGCACAGACUCUCUAGCUAUUGGUCAAAUGGUACCAUUGAGAGACCGUCUCUAUAAAAGAUUAAGUUUAUUAUUAGUUUUCUUUGGUCUAGCCGUAAUGAUCCUUUCAUUAUAUGUUACCCUUUCUGAAGUCUCAGAAACUAUGUAG